AUGACAGGAACAACAACUUUAUUUGCAACGGGGAACGUCCUUCCAGUAAAGAUUCAACCUCCAUUGCUAAGACCCAUGGCAUACAGAAUAUUAUCCAAGAAAUUUGGUCUCAGUAUCAAAUCAGAUGGUCUUGCGUCAUUAGCUGAAUUCAUUGGAUUGACAUUUGGUAGUAAUUGGAAGAAAAGUAGUGAUACUUUAAAGUUUUUGGAAAAUUUUGCCACUAUUUGGAAACAACAAGAAAGAGGACUGUUUGUGGAUCAAAUUGGUGUUAAUGAAGUUAUUUUGGAAAUGAAAGAAAGAGAAAAGACUGAAUUACAAGAACUUUCUCAAUCGCAUGCACAUGGAAAGAUGCAAAAAAGCCUUGCAAGGAAACAUAGCAAUAUUAUUGAUAAUUUCGUUGGAAAUCAUAACACUAACAUCGAUGAUCAUGAUAUUCCAAUGGAUAUUGAUGAUAUAAACGAUCUCGAACCUUCGAAUGAUAAAAAGGAACAAUUAAAUUGGAAAGAUUAUUUCAAAGUUAUUAAUGCACAUGAUCAACAAAGAUUUAUUUAUAAUUCCAUGAAAAUGCAAUUCCAAUUCCAACCAAAUAAAAAGAAAAAACAAGGCAUUAAUUCCAACUUAUUACAUCUCAAACUACCCAAUAUUCUAUCAAAUAUAUCGCUUUUCCAAACAAGAUAUUAUCUAAAUAAAGAGAGAAUAAUGAGAAAUGAAAAUUUCCAAAAUACUGAUUCAUUCAAUCCCUUAUCUUCCAUGAUCCACAUGAAAAAUGAUCUUACAACAACUACUACCACUACUACUACGAAUCAAACUGAAAAUAUAUCAUCAUACAUGUCAAUAACUCCAAUUAAAAAUUUAUUAGGACGUGAUGGUAAAAAUUUCUUAAUCUUGGGGUUAUUAAAGAAAAACUCAAAGGGAAAUUGGUCCAUUGAAGAUCCUUCAUCAUCUAUUGAAAUUGAAAUAUCUCAAACCACUCCAACUCCUGGCGUAUAUUACGUCCCAGGUUGUAUUGUAUUAGCUGAAGGUAUAUAUUUCUCCGUGGGUAAUAAAUUCCAUGUCAUUUCAAUGACAUUACCACCUGCUGAAAGAAGAGAAAUUACUUUGGAUGCCAUUGGCAAUCUAGAUUUAUUAGGAAUGCAUAAUAUAUCAAAUGAAAACUAUAUAGCAAGAUUAGAUUCAGAUUUGAAAAUAAGAUUACAUUUCUUAGAAAAGGAAUUAGAAGAUCAUAGAUUCAUAAUAUUGGGUGGUGAUCUUUUCCUUGAUGAACUAACCACAUUGGAAGCUCUACGGAAAGUUUUUGAUAAAAUAAAUGAUGAUCCACCAACUAUAAUCAUUUUCCAAGGUUCAUUCACAUCAAUACCAAUUCAUGCAUCCAUGACAAGUAGAAAUAUAAGUUCCACAACACAAUAUAAAAAUAAUUUCGAUUUGUUGGCUAAUUUAUUGUCUAACUAUGAAAAUAUUAUCAAUGAAUGCACAUUAAUUUUCAUUCCAGGGGUUAAUGAUCCAUGGGGGUCAAUGGUCUCUCUAGGUGCUACAGGUCCAAUACCACAAAAUAAAAUCCCAUCAUAUUUCAUUAAUAGAAUGAAUAGAAUUUGUAAAAAUAUCAUUUGGGGAUCAAAUCCUACUCGUAUCUUAUAUUUAUCUCAAGAAAUUGUCAUAAUGAGAGAUGAUAUGGCUGAUAGAUUUAAAAGAAAUAGUAUCACUUUCCCCAUGCAAGAAGAAAUGAAACAACAACAUAUAUUAGAAUUACAAGAACAAUUAAAUAAAUUAUCAGUAGAUGAUACAAUAUCUAUUAAUCAAUUAAUUAAUAACGAGGGUCAAUUAAAUUCAAAAGUGAAAGAAUCAAGAAGAUUGGUGAAAACAAUUUUAGAUCAGGGUCAUUUAUCGCCAUUCAUUACAAAUAUACGUCCAGUCAUUUGGGAUUUAGAACAUUCUUUAACAUUAUAUCCAAUACCUUCCACUAUGAUCAUUUGUGAUUUAUCUAGUCCACAAUUCGAUUUGACUUACAACGGUUGUAAAUCAAUAAAUCCAGGUAGAUUCAUGCAUAAGAGAAGAGCAAGAUACGUCGAAUAUAAACCUUCUUUGAAGAAAAUUACUCAAGAAGAAGUAUAUUUUUAA